UCUCCGUACGUUGCGUUAAGCAUAUACCAGAAAAUCCACAUUCCAAAACAACCUUUUUUUUUUUUCCUGUUGGAUUGACAAAGUAGAAGGUUCCUUAUCCGGUCAGGGAAAAAAUGGCAGUGAAUCCUCAAUUAUUUCCUAAUGGAAUGCCUGUUCCUUUCACUAAUGAAUUGUUUGUUCUUUCUAGAGAUGGUGUUGAGUUUGAGAUUGACAAGAUUCCUGGUGUAGGAAAAACAAGAACAAAAGGAACGGUCUACUUGUCAAAUAUUCGGAUUGUCUUUGUCGCAAAGAUGCCUGAAGAUUUCAUUGCUUUUGACAUGCCCUUGCUCUUCAUUUCUGAUGAAAAAUUUAAGCAACCAGUAUUCCAUUGCAACAACAUUUCUGGACAUGUAGAUCCGGUUGUUCCAGAUAAUGAAAAUAGGGCCUUGUACUCCACGCAUUCAUUCAAGAUUUUGUUCAAGGACGGUGGUUGUGGGACUUUCGUGCCAUUAUUUUUCAAUUUAAUUGCCUCUGUGAGACGAGCUCAGCAACAGUCUGGAGCAGAACCACGGGCGGAUCCUCUCCAAGCUGCACAAACUCCAGUUGAUGAUAUGAUCAGACAUGCAUAUGUCGACCCCAACGAUCCAACAAAAAUCUACUUGCAGCAGCCUACUCCAGAGUCGCAACUCAGGCGUCGUUCAUACCAAUCACAGCCUGCUUAAAGCUUGAUAUACAUCUUGGUUAAUGUUAACCUGAAUUCUGCAUUUUCUGAUAUACUUUUUCUUUGGUCGAUUGCUUCGAUUUUAUAUAAACAACAAAGAAGAUAAGCUUGGAUGAUAUGUAUAUGAAGUAUAUGCAGUUGGUAUAUAUUUUCUUGAAAGUAAUAUAUGCAGUUGAUGUAUAUUUCCUUCAAA